GUGGUAUCUCCGGCCUUGGCAAAACUUGUGUUUUCUACGGUAAACAUUUAGAUUAGAUAGGCUUGAUCUAAGUACACUUUGAUUCUACUUUUCAAUUCAUGUUCGGCCAAUGGACCGGUAUCAUUAGGUUCCUAUGUGUUCACUGUAGGUCGGGAGUAAGUUAGCAUUCAAACUAGGCCAUUUGGAAAAUUGAAAAAAAUAGUGAACGCUUCCACAGUUCAGUGACAGUGGACUUGCUCAUCUGUAAACAAACGACAAUUUUAUUUUUCGCCUUUCGACUGAGACUCAAAGAGCGAGAGAGAGAGUAUUUUGACACUUCAGUUUUGAAGUGGGUAAAAACAGGAAAAGAUGUCUAAUUCUAAGAUUGAUGGUAACUGGUUUCGAGAAGCAGACGACGAAUGGAGAGGAUAUUGUACAUCACUUGAAAUUGAGGAAAUCCUCUACCAUGAAAAGUCCGAUUUUCAAGACAUCUUAGUUUUUAAAAGUGUAUCAUUUGGACGGGUGUUGGUAUUAGAUGGAGUCAUACAAUGUACAGAAAGAGAUGAAUUUUCUUAUCAAGAAAUGAUAGCACAUUUACCAUUAAACAGUCAUCAGGAUCCUAAAAAGGUUUUGGUAGUUGGUGGUGGUGAUGGGGGAGUGGUUAGAGAAGUAUUAAAAUAUCCUACAGUAGAAGAGGUCAUCUUAUGUGAAAUAGACCAGAAAGUAAUUGAUGUCUGUAAGAAGUUUAUACCAAGUAUGGCCGCCUGUCUCAAUGACCCUAGAGUAACAGUACAAGUUGGAGAUGGUAUUAAAUAUUUAGAGAGCAAAAAGGGAGAAUUUGAUGUCAUCAUUACAGAUGCUCCCGAUCCAAUGGGUCCUGGUGUGGUACUUUAUGAGAAGAAGUUUUAUGAAGAAUUAAAUCAGGCCUUAAAACCUAAAGGCAUCAUUUGCAGUCAAGGACAAUGUUUAUGGUUUGAUCUGGACACUAUAAUAAAAGUUUUAAAACAAGCUAAAGAAAUAUUUCCUGUGUAUGCUUAUGCUUCUGGUUACACACCAACAUAUACUGGUGGACAUAUGGGAUACAUUAUUUGUAGUAAUGAUAAGUCUGUAAACCUGAAAGAACCAAUAAGAAACUUUACUUAUGAGCAAUUAGAUGAAAUGAAGAUGAGAUAUUACUGUCCAGAUUUACAUAGAGCUUGUUUUAAUGUCCUGCCUUAUUUUGCUAGAAAGGAAUUGAAAUCCAUUUUGGAUACGUAGAAAAGAAGAAACUUUGUGAUGUUAAAAUUGUUAUAUUAGUUAGAUUUAGUCCUUUAUUUUAUUAUGUUACACAGAGGUUUCAUUCAUAUUAAAGAAUAAACAGAAGGUGGUUAUUAAAGGGAUUGUAAAAGUUUUUUAAAUUUUUUAUGUGUAUUGGGGACAAUGAUAACAUGAAUUUGCACCAUUCCAAUUUUCGAUCAGACGUCUGUGGUUCCUGAAAUUACACUAAAACUUUGGAUAUUCUGCUUGUAUUACAUAAGGCCCUUUGCAAUAGUGAUGUCAUGAAAUGCUCAGUUUUAGUAAAGCUGUAGCAACCACAGACAUCUGACUGAAAUUUAGAAUGGUGCAAAUUGAUGCUAUCAGUGUCGAUACACAUAAAAAGUUUACAAAACCUCUUGACAAUCCAUUUAGGGAAAGCACAGACUGAGGUACAAGUUGGUACAUGUAUAUUAAAAGAGUAUUGAGAUUGAUUGUGGUAAAUGUUUUGGGUUAUUUUCAAAUUGUCAAGGCUAAUUCAUAUUGGCAUGUUUUAAUAGAUGCUUUUUAAAAGGAUCAAAAUUGUUUGUUUACUAUUAGCACUUGUAUUGUUAAAGUGACCAUUAUCUGACAUAAUAUUUUGAUUUAUGGAAAGUCCCUUGUGUUCUGUAUUUGAAAUAUUUGUAGUCUGUAUUGCACCCAAAACCUUAGGGUGGUAAACCUUCUCAAAAGGAAUGACAAUUUAUUGAUUUAAUGAAAAAGACCUCAGGCCUCGCUCAAUUAGGGUACCAAAGGAUGGUGCAAUACAAACUAUAAGAUAUUUACCUUCUUAUGUUACUUUUUUUCUUUUUAUGCAUUCCUUAUUCUAUGUUCAUAUUAAAUAUAUUCCAUUAAUGUAUAUCUUUUUUGAAGUAAUAAAAGUGUUCACAAUAAAGC